AUGGAGGCCAAGUCCGCGACUGACCAUGUCGAAGAGAUGGACCUGGACCGAAUGAUCCACGAUGCCAGGCUGGCCACUGAGAAGGAGCAUGGCAUGUCCCUCUGGCAGGGUCUGAAGCUCUACCCUAAAGCCAUUGGUUGGUCGUUACUCAUCUCUACCGCGAUCAUCAUGGAGGGGUACGACGUUGUCCUCAUGGGAUCUUUCUUUGGCUUCCCUGCGUUCAACAAGAAGUACGGCCAGCUUAUGGAGGAUGGUUCAUAUGGUCUGACCGCGUCCUGGCAGGCCGGUUUGGCCAAUGCCAUGAAUUGCGGACAGAUUUUGGGCCUCUUCGCCAAUGGUAUCAUUUCCGAGCGAUACGGCUACCGAAAGACGAUGAUGGUCUCUCUAGUGGCCACUGUCGCCUUCAUCUUUAUCCUUUUCUUCGCACAUAAUGUCGAAACUUUGCUUGUUGGCGAGGUCCUCAUGGGCAUUCCACUUGGUGUUUAUCAGACUCUCACCGUCACUUAUGCGUCUGAAGUGUGUCCUGUUGCACUACGUGCUUAUCUCACCACCUACGUCAACCUAUGCUGGGUAAUUGGCCAGUUGAUUGCAUCAGGUGUACUGAAAGCCCUUUCUGACCGCACAGAUCAAUGGGCCUACCGCAUUCCCUUCGCCGUGCAGUGGGUUUGGCCCAUUCCUAUCUUCAUUGGCGUUCUGAUGGCACCGGAAAGUCCAUGGUGGCUCGUUCGCAAGGGACAAGUUGAGGAAGCCAAAAUUGCUCUUCGACGAUUGACUUCCCGGUCAGAUCCCAGCUUCGAGGCAGAUGAAACUGUUGCUAUGAUGGUCCAUACGAAUGAAAUCGAGAAGGAGAUCAGCUCUGGAACUACUUAUUGGGACUGUUUCCGUGGCGUGGAUCUGCGAAGAACCGAGGUGGCUUGUCUCAUCUGGGCAGCGCAGAACCUUUGCGGCGCAGGUCUUAUGGGCUACUCAACCGUCUUCUAUCAACGCGCUGGCCUUGCUGUCUCCGAGUCUUUCAACAUGUCGUUGGGUCAAUAUGCUAUUGGUAUUUGUGGCACGAUCUUCUCCUGGGUGUUGAUGAGCUACGUCGGCCGUCGUGCCCUCUACGUCAACGGACUGGCCAUCCUCUGCGUUUUGCUCUUUGUCAUUGGCUUUAUCUCAAUACCGAAGGCGUCAACGGCCACUUCUUGGGCCACUGGCUCCAUGUUGUUGGUUUAUACAUUCUUCUACGAUUCUUCCGUCGGGCCUGUGUGUUACUCUCUGGUGUCGGAGAUCCCUACAACGCGACUUCGCAUUAAAACCGUCGUGCUGGCCCGGAACCUGUACAACUGUCUUAGUAUCCUCAACGGUGUCAUCAUUCCCUAUAUGUUGAACGUUGACGCUUGGAAUUGGAAGGGGAAAGCGGGGUUUUUCUUGGGAGGCUUUUGUCUCGUGUGCGUCCUCUGGGCUUAUUUCCGCCUGCCAGAACCUCGGGGUCGCACUUUUGCCGAGUUAGAUACGCUGUUCGAACAGAAGAUACCGGCACGGAAAUUUAAGUCAACACAACUGGACCUCUUCUCUGAGGAGGCUACCAUCGUGGAUCACGAUGCGACAAAGCGAGGAUAG